AUGGUAACGGUUGAGUCAGUCAUGGAGACACUGAACGACACCCUUGGACCAGAAGAGGAGGACAACACUACCGGUCUCAUUUUCAUUCUUCAAGGCCUGAUCAUCUUCGUCUUCGCCGUCCUAAUCAUCGCUACCAACAUUUUAAACCUUUUCGUCAUCCCCCGCCUACCUGAUAUCAACGACGCUAGUAAAGUCUUCUACAACUGCCUGUCCUUCGCCGACCUCAUACUCGGUGUCGUUCUCCUUCCCGCUCUGCCAUCGGCCAUCGUUGGCGACUGGCCUUUUGGAGAUGUCGUCUGCAAGAUCUUUGGUUUUGGUAUGACGCUAGUCGCCGGUCUAUCUUCCGCUAGUUUGCUGCUCCUUAAUCUGGAUCGCUUCUUUAGUAUAGCCUCUCCGCUCCGCUACAUGGCCAUCAUGGACCGGCGAAAAGCUAUCAUCAUCGCCACAAGUUCGUGCAUCGUCGAGGCAUUGUUCCUUCUCAUCAUAACAUUCGUGAACCCGUUCGGCGCGGGAAUCGUCCAAUAUACGAGACUCGGCGCGUGCAUCAUGUCCUUCAACGAGCCAAAAUUCAUCGUGUAUUCCCUGGUCAUCUUUUCUGUUUGUAUCUGGUCUCUCAUUCCCAUCCUGGCCAUCAUGUACACACGGAUCAUCUGCAUCAGCAGAAAACACGUGAGACGUAUUCAAGCCCAGGAACUCACAACUCGAGUCUCCAAAGCAGCCGGGAGCGACGAGCCGGGCUUACCGGACGACAGGCCCCACAAGGCCAAGAAGAGUGUCAACCACAGAGCGAUACGCAUGACACUUUUGGUGACGGGCACCUACGUCGCGGCAUGGGCACCCUUCACAAUAUGCCAAAUAUAUGUUGCCAUGGUUACCGAUGACGUUUCGAUCAUCAUUAGGGCGUUGGUGUGUUGGCCACUCCUUCUCAAUCCUCUGUGUAAUGUGAUCAUCUACUCGGUGACGAAACGUUCCUAUCGUGUCUUAGCGCGGAAUCUGCUGAAAGGUUUUCUGCGAUGUUCACUAGCAGAUCUUCGGAACGCAACAUCUCAUGAUAUUCUCGUAUAG